AUGACGGUUUUGGAUCUUGCCACGUCAUCAGAUGGGUCCCUCACCAUCGACUUUAUGGUUUAUUGGAGCAGUGGAGCCUUCACUGUUGGCUUUAGGGGGACUCUUUUCGUUUUGACUCUUGAGCAUUUCUCUUCCUGGCCAAAGCAAGAAGAUGAAGCGGAGGAGAAGAAAGAAACCACUUUGACACUGUCAAAGGUCUUCUCCUUUGGCUCAGUCCCACUAAAGACCUAUCUUCCUGAUGGAGAUAUUGAUUUGACUGCCAUCUGCCAUCAAAACGCGGAGGAGGAAUUAGCUAUAGCUGUCUGUGGUGUCCUUGAAAGUCAACCGAAGGACUCCUUGUUUCAAUUUAAAGAUGUCCGUUAUGUUCGGGCACAGGUUAAGGUUGUAAAGUUCACAGUGAAUAACAUAGCAGCGGACAUCUCCUUCAAUCAAAUGGCUGGGCUCUGUACACUGUGCUUUCUGGAGCAGGUUGACCAACAGAUCGGAAAAGACCAUCUUUUUAAAAAGAGUAUAAUCUUAAUCAAAGCUUGGUGCUACUAUGAGAGCCGGAUUCUUGGAUCCCAUUAUGGUUUGAUUUCAACAUAUGCACUAGAAACGUUGGUGUUGUUUAUCAUCAAUCUGUUUCAUGCAUCACUUCGUGGUCCUUUAGAGGUCCUGCAGAGAUUUUUGGAAUACUAUAGCACAUUUGAUUGGGACAAUUAUUGUAUCAGUAUAAAUGGUCCAGUUGCGAUAUGUUCCCUUCCGGAAAUCAUAGUGGCACCCCAAAUUGAGGCAGACGAAUUACUGCUCAGUGAGGAGUUUGUGAGAAGCUCUAGAGAUGUUUUUUCAGAUCCAAUAAGGGCAGACGAAGCUACAGUUCAUGAAUUCCCAACUAAGUACCUCAACAUAGUGGAUCCUCUAAAAGACGACAACAAUCUGGGCCGUAGUGUUAGUAAAGGAAACUUCUAUCGUAUAAAAUCUGCUCUUUCCUUAGGAGCUCAAACUCUUAGAGAGAUAUUAAAGCUACCGGGUGAAAGCAUGGGUGCAGAACUUGAAAAAUUCUUCGUGACCACCAUAGAUAGGAAUGGGAGAGGAGAAAGGCCAGAUGUGAACGCUCCUGUCUGUGCAUUUGGUAUUGGAAGAUCUGAAGAAUCUGACCUCUGGGGGGAGUAUGACAGUUAUUAUAGUAGCAUGUUAUAUGGACAGGCAUUUCAUCGUUCUACACACCACCGUGCUCCACCUUCUGGAGUCUGUAAUAAGACCACAUGGAAUGCCCUGGCUUGGUCAGCGCAGCUCAACUGGAAUGAAUUUUGUGAAAAGGCAACAAAAGUAUAUGCAAGACUGCCACUCUGGCAUCCUAGUGCGUCCCAUCCAUCUGCUGCUACUAUAGGUGUUGGGAUAACAAGGAAAUCACAAGGAACGGGCACAUUUAUACCUGACGUGACCCAAAAUUAUUCCAGAUAUGUGCGUCCAAGGAUGAGGAGGGGAAGGAUUCGAGAGUCUAGCAGGCACGAUGCGAUGAUGAAAUCACCUCAAAACAGUGGCCAAGUUGAGGCUUCCACAGAAACAGACACAAGUGAAAAUGAUAGCCGCUUCAAUCUUUCACCUGAAGAAUUCCCACUUCUUCCUGGCACUGAAAGUGGAUCACCAGAGGUCCAUCAAUCUGGUCAGCUCGUCUUGGUUUCUCCUCCAGCCAAGGAACCCUCUCACAAGUUGGGGAGUUCUAGGCAUUCACCAUCACUAUCAGGAAUGCCUUCACCUGUAGCGAGCCAGCAGGCAAAUACUCAUGUUUCAUAUGCUCUGUACAUUAUGAAGAAGCAACAAGAAUUAUCAGAGGUCGAUGAAGAGACGAUUCGCGUGCAGCAAUUCAAACUGGACGAUGAUGAGGACUUUCCCCCCUUGAAUCUGUGA